CGUCAACUGUGUCUCGCACUGUUGUCGAAUUAUGGGUUCGAUCGUCCUAAAAUCUCUCUCGGUUCUUCUCGGUAUAUUCUUUGUUUUCGUCGGUACGAUGAAGUUAACUUCGCACAUUAGCAAGGAUCUACACAAAGAUUUGAGAAAGGAGUACGUGAAAUACGCAAAGGUAUUCCCACUUUCCGGCACGCUGGAUUUUAAGGUACCCAGUAAAUGGUACAGAAGAGUUGUCGGAUCGCUCGAGAUCAUUUGUGGACUUGCAAUGGCGAUAGUUCCGAGUCAUAAAAUAAAAAAUGCAUCAAACACGGUUCUGCUCUUAUUGAUGUUGAUGGCCGUGUAUUCUCAUUACAUGGUAAACGACAAAUUUGAAAGGAUUGCUCCAGCAUUGGUAUUCUUCUUCAUGCUGACAGGACGAUUGGUGAUCGAUUGGCAACUUAGGCGAGAUGAGGUGCAACCAGUCACGGCAAACGGGGUCGAUGAUAAAUCUAAAAAACAGGACUGAAUUUUUUAAUUCGUUUAACAAGUAAUCAUCGAGCAGAGUAAACAAAUUAAAAUCCUCUUCGUUUUAAACGAUUCCUGUAUAUUUCGAGAAUUCGUUCCAGUCGAACUUCCGGGUUUUUGCAUGUUUUAUUUGCACGUUCAGUUUUCACGGCUCGCGUAUCACCCUUCCUACGUAUCUCCUUUGUUUAGAAGCACCUGUGUUAGCCUGUUUUAUGCAAGAAAUUCUUUUUUCAAUCGGUAAAGAAUUAAUAUCGCUCCGAUCGAGCGAACAAGCAACCGAGGGUCGUGCAAAACACAUUAUUAGCUCAAGCACAAGGUAAUUAUUAACUGCCACUCGAAUUAAUGUGUUCUUCUUGAUAUCGUGUUAAGAUGUAACAUUAUGUCCUUAGAUAAUAAUUAACGGUAUCAACAUUAUAACGCACACGCGUACGCUCUUGUUUUCCCGUUGCUAUCUUCUAUUUAUGUACGUAUUAUCCGCGCGUUUCCUCCAAAUUUAUCCAAUCGCAUUUAUCUUUAACGUUCAGUUUAUGAAUCGACAUAAAUCAGACGUAAAUCAGACGUAAAUCAGACGUAAUUAGAAAGCAACGGGAAAAUAAGGAUAUCGAACGAAAUUACACGUAAGAACGUGAAAUAAAAAUUGACAAAUUGAAAAUACGCUCACGUUUAAAACAUAAGAACAAUACCAUAUAUAUACGUAUGUGCGUUAUGAAUGUUGUUACCUGUAGUCCAUCCAACGAGACCUCGUUGAAUGAUCUACAAGUCUCACCUACCAACGGUGUAUGCCUUAAACGUACACGCACGUGAAAAUAUGGAACUGAAUAUUGAAACGCGUAUACAUUGUAAAUCUAGAUACAACAGAACCUCCCCUCCCUCCAAUGUGAUUAUCGGUUUUUACUUUGACCAAAAUCCAUUGUAGAUUUCUCGAUACCAUUCUUUAUAAGUAUAAGCGAAAGAAGAUAUUACAGUUUUACCACGAAUCUGUAAACGUGCACUCACAUUGUGCUACUCAGUUUCGACGAUACAUUUCAGUAAUAACAAGUUUAAAUACGAACGCCGAUUUUACAUAAAACAAAAUAACAUGAUAUUUAAAAAAUACCUUUAAUAUGUUCGGCGUGGCUGCAAUGAUGUAAACAAUUCAAUAAAUAACUUAUUAUUUUUACUUUCGCAUCAGUUAAAUAUUUUCGCAUAUUUUCAUAUUCUCAUAUUUAUGUUACUGUCUUCACGCGAUACUAGUCGAUGCUGUUUCGUGAACUUGGAGUUAGAAUAAUUUGCUGCUAAAGUUAUAAAGCGUCGAAAGAGAUACAAUAUAUUCAAUCAUGUUUUCCAUCAUGCCUCUUCUUGGCCAGUCCUUAAAAGACAUAGAGCCUUCUGAAGAUUUAGUAUAGCUGUAGGCACAUCGUCGUAAUUCAAAGCACUUCCGGCCCACUUGAUUAAUUUUUGUGCUUUACUUAUAUCUUCUACGGACAAAUCAACUCCUCCUAACGAACAUACCAGUUUAACGAUACAAAUAAUAGUAGGUCGAAUCAACCGAAUUACAUUUCAUCGAUUUACCUUCUGUUUUCAUCGCCACAUUAUAAUCUUUAUCUUCAGAGGACCACUGUCCAACGUUUCCUUUGUUACUCCUAUCGGGUACCUCGCUAGACGAAUCAUUAUCAUGAAUAUCGAUCAAUUCGUUCGAACGUGAUGGUGUUUCGUCUCCUUUUGGUUUCGUUGUUGUUUCACCACUAUCUGAAUUUGUUGCAAAAAAAA